CUGGCACUGAUUUUAACCAGACUGUCACUCCCAGGUCAGUCCCUACAAUUUCUGCUGACCAGAUUGACCUUCAUAAUGAGAUCAUGUCUUUCCAGAAAUCCCGCUGAUGCCUUCAUUCUGCCAAAGUGGUAUAAAAAGAGGGACAUUUUCUAUAAUCCCACAGUGUGGUUCAGCUAAGACCUCACUUUCAUCAAAGUGACUGUAUUGCCUUUCCCCCCACUUCUAAGCUUGCAGCCACAGCAAAAACCAUGGAUAUUACCAUUCAGCAUCCCUGGUUCAAACGAGCUCUUGGACCUUUAAUUCCAAGCCGCUUUUUUGACCAUUUUUUUGGAGAUGGUUUUUUUGAAUAUGAUCUCCUGCCUUUGUUUUCUUCUACCAUCAACCCAUACUACAGGCAAUCUUUCUUCCGUACUUUGCUGGACUCAGGUGUUUCGGAGGUGAGAUCUGACCGAGACAAGUUUCUUGUCUUUUUGGAUGUAAAGCAUUUCUCCCCUGAAGAUUUAAGUGUGAAAGUCAUCGAGGACUUUGUGGAAAUUCAUGGCAAACACAAUGAGAGACAGGAUGACCAUGGAUACAUUUCCCGUGAAUUCCAUCGUCGAUACCGUCUUCCUUCCACUGUUGACCAAUCAGCCAUCACUUGCUCUCUGUCUACCGAUGGCAUGCUAACCUUCUCUGCUCCCAAGGUUCUGUCUGCCACAGAGCCUGGCCAUAGUGGAAGACCUAUUCCUGUAUCCCAUGAAGAGAAGCCAACUUCAGCUCAGUCCUCUUAGUUUGAACCUCUUACUGCUAAAGCAUCCAGGCUAUCCACACCUUUCAGGCUUCAUUCACAGCACCCUUACAUAGAUAUCCGUGAACAUCUUUCUUUUUGUUUUCGUUCUUCUCUUGGAAGGAAUGAGGGCUGGAUGUGCAGCUAGAGGAUUUGAAGCUUUAGCCUAAACUUUCCCCCACUUUCACACACCUUGUUAGGAUGACAGGGAAGAUGAAGUAUCUUCCAGAGCCUUCUGUAUUCUUGCUGAAAGGGUUCUAAAUGUCAGGCUGUAUCUGAUAACAUCUGUCAAGCCCUAACACAGGGCCAGGUUGGCAACAUGAGCUGUCAAAGUGAAGCAUCAAUCAGUCAUAUGAAGGCUGAUGCAAUGAAAGCAAGAAUACAGAUUUGUUGUCUUCUAAAGUAAUUGAAGAGGCAGGAGCAGAGGUGAGCUUAGCCAAGUAAGGUGGUGGCACCAGUGGGGAGUGGUUGACAGUAGCAACAAAUUUGCUCUGCCCACUUUUAAGUAAAAAAAUUGAGUUCAUACUAUUUGAGGGAUUUAUAAUUUUCUUCAUUAAAAGUGUUUUUAAAAAACAAAAACAAAAACUUUCCCUCUGCGACAUCCAUAGCAGUGACAUCGCAAGAGUCACUAAGGCAAGAAUUAGCAUCUUUGCAGGCCUUUCAGGAUUCAUCACAGUUCAGAGGCUUCAAACCUGUAUUCAGCUCUCCCUGGUCAGCAGUGUAUAUGCCACCUUCCUUAAUCUUGCUGUAAUUCUAAUAUAGUUCCAUCUGUUUUACUGAUAUCUAGCAUGCAACCUGAAAUUCCAGCCAGUGGCAAUCAAUAAAGAAAAUGUGAAAUAA